UUACAUUUCUUUUCAGAUCUUGAGGUCCACAGUUCCACCUUUGUACCAACACCCAAGUGGUUCUUUAGAGAGAGAGAGAGGGAGAUAGAAAGCGUGAGAGAGAUUUAUAAGUUUCUCUUUGGGCAUUGCGAUUUUUUGUGAACAUAGAAACACUCAAAACUUAACCAAAAACAAAAAUGGGAGAGGAAGAGAAGAAGCAAGAAGUACCAGAGGAGAAGAAAAUGGAGGAGAACAAACCAGAGGAGGAUAAAAAAGAAGAAGGAAAGAAAGUUGAGGUUGGUGAGGAAAAAGGAGAAGAUUCCGAGAAGAAAACUCAAGAAGGAGAAGCUACUAAAGAUUCCAAAGAUGAGUCUCCACCGGCGGCGCCGGAAGCUCCAGCGCCACCUCCACCACCGCAAGAGAUUAUUCUCAAGGUGUACAUGCACUGUGAAGGCUGUGCAAGAAAAGUCCGCCGUUGCCUCAAAGGUUUCGAAGGAGUGGAAGAUGUGAUGACUGAUUGUAAAGCGGGUAAAGUGGUGGUGAAGGGAGAAAAAGCUGACCCAUUGAAAGUAUUGGCCAGAGUUCAAAAGAAGACCCACCGUGAAGUGGUGCUUAUUUCUCCUAUUCCUCCACCAUCUCAGCCACCAGAGAAGAAAGCGGAGGAGGAGAAGCCCAAAGUGGAGGAAAAGAAAGUGGAGCCUCCCGUAGUGGUUACGGUGGUCCUCAAGGUUCACAUGCAUUGCGAAGCUUGUGCGACGGAGAUCAAGAAACGGAUCAUGAGAAUGAAAGGAGUGGAAUCUGCUGAAUCCGAUUUGAAAGCUUCUGAAGUGACGGUGAAAGGAGUGUUUGAACCGCAAAAGCUCGUAGAACACAUUUACAAGCGGACUGGAAAACAUGCUGCAAUUAUGAAAAUUGAUCCACCACCACCACCGCCACCUGAAGAAGCGGCUGAGAAGAAGGAAGAAGGGAAAGGAGAAAAUGACGGUGGAGAGUCCAAAGGCGAGGAAGGGAAGGACGAGAAAGCAAAGACUGAUGAAGAGAAGAAAGAAGGUGACGGCAGCAAAGGAGAAGGUGAAGCCGGGGGAAAUGGCGGUGGUGGGGAGGAAGAGGGAAAAGUUGUGGAGGUGAAGAAGAUAGAGAAUCCAUAUUACUCCUAUUAUUACCAGCCGCCGCGUGUGGCAAUGCCGCCUCAUGCCUAUCAACCGCAUGCAUAUCCUCCUUAUGCAUAUCCUUCUAAUGCAUAUCCUCCAAAUGCAUAUCCUUCUAGUGCAUAUUCUCCUCAUGCAUAUCCUCCUCAUGCAUAUCCUCCUCCUGGAUAUCCUUCUAGUGCAUAUCCACCUAAUGCAUAUAGCCCUCAGAUAUUCAGCGACGAGAAUCCAAACGCAUGUUCCAUUAUGUAACAAAGAAACUGCGAAUGCUAAAGAGUAUAUGGAAAAUAUUUUGAACAA